AACACAUAUAUCUGCUUAAAUAAUAAAAGCAAAUAUGGGUUACUAUGAUCCUUUUUUCUUCCAAUCUAGCAUCCAUCUCAUUUGCACGUAACAUUUCAUCAAACAGAAAGAUUCGAAAUACGCAUUGUUGUUAACCAACCCUCUGCACACGUACAGACAAUUCAGAAUUGUCUCACGGUUAUCAAUCUGUCAUCAACAGGCACCUUCCGUACGCGAAGUUUAUUUCAUUCACUUCCAAAGAGAGGACCAAUAAGUUUCUUCUCUUCUAAUUUCAUUCGGGGACACUUUCUUCCCCUUCUCAUCGUAAUCUGCUACAACGAAGUGGUAUUCUUCCAUCUUAGACCUCCAUUUCUAAAUCCAUCUAUUUCUUCUUCUCUGAAAUUGUUAAUUCCCUUGUUCGUAUUUCAAGCUCUCUGUACACUCUUACCAAACAUUUAGACUUCUUUCCCAGUCCAACUUGAUAACAACUUUAGUAAGCAACUAAUUUUUUUUUACCCACACGGGUAGUUCAGUUGGUCGAGUGACGGGAGAUUUGGAUCAAUGUACCAAGAUUCGAAUCCCCGCAACGACCGGGUGGAGGUUACAGAAUCUGAAAUAUGACUGGGCCUCUGGUGCGCAUGGGUGUAUGAGCCCAAUAUCAUUCUGCUCAACAAGUCACCGUGACUAACCUCCCCACCAAUCUGUCGGAUCUGGUUUUGGUCUCCCCUGGGACGGGAGAUUCCAUCUUUUGGAUCGAUUGUAUGCAACUAAUUUUCAUAGUCAAGGAUUUCACGAAUGUCCGCUACAUGUUCGACAGAAUGCCUUAACCACUUUCUAAUGUUUAAAUAACUGAAGCAGAACUCUUUCCCAUUUCUCGUGCAAGACAGCAAGUCGAAAGGGCACGAGGAGAAGGCUGUAUACCAUUACUCGGAGGCGCGGUUUGAGCGGAAGGUGUAGUCGCCGAUUGCUUCUUCAGUUACUCCGACGUGGGGUGUUGGUGUUGGGCUACCUGUCCUCUAACAAGCAAAUUGAUUUCAGCUUGUGGAGUUUAUUCUCAGUGAGAAGAAGAUUAGCCAUCCUACUCAAGGUCAGCAACAGCCAAUAGUAAGACAUGAAGAUGAUACUUCCCUUGCUGAAUUCCUCACAUCUUUGAUGAAUUAUACUCUACGGUGACAUGGUUUGCACUUCUGCGUUGUGCUUCCCGGUCUAGGUUUCUGCGUUUUGGGUUUACGCUCAACUUCCCGGUUUGUGUUUAUGCGUUUGAACUUUGCACAUUAAUUGAGCUUCUCAAUCACUUAAACGAUCGGUAGGUAGUAUUGUAGUAAGGGUAAUUUAGAUAUUUAAUUUAUUUUUAAUUAUUCCUAUUUAAUUUAGUGGCUGUGUUUAGUAAAAGGGGGCUGUGAAUAGAAUUCCCCAAACCUUCCCGUUAUCCAAUCCCGUACGGCACUUUGUCUAGUCGCAAGGAGUCAAGGUCGCAGUCGGCCUGUGGCAGCCCCGCACGCGGCACGCCGUACCCGCCUCACGCCGCCGCAUUCCCUCACGCAGCACACCGCCCCCGCCUCAUGCCUCCCUCCACUGCGUGGUAGUCUGCUUCUCACAAUCUCACUUCUAAUCACCCCAAACCCCAGAUAAUUUGCCAAAUAAUGAAGGGAGAAGAAGUGUGAAGUUUAUUUUGGACCUACCCAAAAAGGACAAUGUGAAAUUUAUUUAGGACCGGAGAGAGUAAAAGAUAGGGAAAAGUACGGAAAAGGACCUGCCCUGCCCAAGCCGCUCGCUUCUCCGGCUCCGCUCCUCGCGACCUCACCCGUCACCGUUGGAAAUUUGGAACCGUUGCAGCGCAGCCACACGCUCGUUGGAUGUUGGGACCUCGGCUGAGUCGGCUCCUCAGUCCUUGCGACCUAGCUCCAGCACAAGCCAACUGAGUCCUCUGUCAUCGUCUUCUCCUUUAUCUUGAGACUCCCAGCUGACGAAUUGGGAGAGAAAAUGGAAGGAGGAAGGAGUAGCAGUAUUACGAUUGGGAGAUACAAUUAUGUACACGAUGUUGGUAAAGGGCCCACUGAAGCCUUAGAUGUCCACCAUGUCAUGCUUCCAAGAAAUGCUUUACCCAAUGCUUCAAUUUUACUCACAUUUCUCUUCAUCUCAGCCUACAUCUGCUCUCUGCUUGUACUGGUCAGGUCUAGUGCUGCUCUUCUUUACAGCCUACUUAUUGUGGCAUCACUCAUCUGGAUUUAUCUAAAGCUAGUUGUCAGAGAGUCUGUAAUAAUUUUCCCUGCUUUUGGAGUUCAGAUGGAGACUCAAUACCAAAGCGGGAGAAUCGUUCGACGUUUUGUUCCUACUUGCAAGAUCUUGAAACCUGUGCUGAAUGAAUGUGUGACCCCCAUUACUUGUUACUGGACCCUCUCUCUGAUUAUUCACGGAGAAGAUGAUCUUCUUUUAGUUUUCAAGGUGUUACGUCCUUCUGCAAAAAUUUUGGUGCCGAUUUGGAAGGCUUUAUGUGCUUGCGUUGAAUGUGGAGAAGGAAAAGAGCCAGUGUAGGGAAACAUGACACUGCUCUCCGAGAUGGAUCGUUUUUUCAUGCUCUAUAGCUAUAAUUUUGUGCACGUACGAAGAUAUCUUAGCUUCUAUCUGAGUAUGGGUUAGUUGUAUUUUCCCUCUCUUUGCAAAUCAAAGUGAAGGGGAAUCAUCAUCUACCAUCAUCUACUAACUGUCUAGCUACUAUUAGUGUUAGAAACCAUGAAAUUGAGUACAUAGCUCUAAUUUUGACUAUCCAUUGAGUAACAUCACGAACAUACCUACAUUCCAUGUUUAUGAAAUUUGAAAAUUAUGUAAAUUUAAAAAGAAAAUGACUUGCAGAGCAGAGGUAGGAUGGCCGAUAGCAGAAGCAGCCAUAGUUGCCAUCGGGGCGAGUUGAUAGGUGUAUGAAACCAACUUUAUUUUUGAGUAACAAAACAAUAGUUUUGUGAUUGACUUUAUUUCAAAA